UCCUGUGGGGCCCGACGGGGUCUCUCAGGGCGGCCCCCAGGGAGGCCCAACGCAGGGACGUCCUCUGCAGGGCCCCAUGGGGGCCCCCAGUGGGGUCCCCCAGGUGGGCCCCCAGGGGGGCCCCCAGGGGGGCCCUCGGUGGGGCUCGCUGGGGGGUUCAGCAGCCCCGGGGCCCCUAGGGAGGGGCCCCGAGGGGCCCCGAGAAGGGAGUUGGUUUGAAGAUGAGACAGAGGGGGCUUUGGAGGGUCUGAGGGACGAAGACGGAGAGGAGCUGCUGCUGCUGCCGCAGCAGCGACCCCCGCAGCAGCAGCAGCAGCAGCAGCCGUCGCCCCAGCAGCAGCAGCAGCAGCAGCGGCAGCAGAAUGUGCAGCACUCGCGGCAGCAGGCCCUCACGCGGCAGCCAAAGCCUGCGGGGUCGUCGCAGCAGCAGCAGCAGCAGCACCUGCAGCAGCAGCUGCAGCAGCAACGAGAAACCAUGGAGGGGCAGCAAGAAGCGCAAUCGGGAGAUGAAGGCGAGGGGCAUCUGAAGAGACGAAGGAGACACUUUAUUAAUGCUGCUCUUGCUGCAGCACAAGCAGCAGCAGCAGCAUUUUUUGACAAUGCUGGAGACCCCAGCAGCUGGGGAGACACAGAAGCAGCACUGGAGGGACAGGGGGUGAGCCUGCAGCAGCUAAAUCAGCAAGUGGAGACAAUUGUAAAUGACUUUCUGAGGACUCGGCUGGGCGACAGCAGCAGCAGCAGCAGCAGCAGCAGCAGGGUGCGAGCAGCAAGCGCAGAAGACUUUGAGUCUUCUUACUUCGAAGAAGCAGAAGACCCAGGGGCUUUGGAAGUUUAUGUGCAGCAGCAAAGAGACAGGGCGCAGCAGCAGCAGCAGCUGCAAGAGGGCCUCCGCAGCUACGCGCUGCGGCGCCACCACCAGCAGCAGCUGCAGCAGCAGGAGCAGCAGCUGCUGCAGCAGCAGCAGCAGGCGGCGGCCAGCGACACGAGGUCGGGGGCGGGGGAAAGAAUUUGCUUCUCCGGAGGCAGCGAAGAGUCGGCCUUGUAA